CUCAGCGUUGUUUAGGGACAUUAGGAAGAUGGCGGCUGCCCAGCUCUACUGUGUCUGCCGGCAGCCCUAUGAUUUUAAUUUGUUUAUGAUCGAAUGCGACAUUUGUAAGGACUGGUUUCACGGCAGUUGUGUUCAGAUAGUGGAGCACUAUGCUGCCGAUAUUGAUGUUUACCACUGUCCCAACUGUGAGCCCAUCCACGGACCCUCUCUGAUGAAAAAGCGUAUUAACUGGCACAGGCAUGACUACACGGAGCCAAAUGACAGCACACGACCCGUGCAAGCGGGAACGGCUGUGUUCGUACGGGAACUCCAGGAGAGGAGCUUCGCCAGCGGCAGUGAGAUUCUGGUGUAUAUGCAGGGGAGUCAGGUGACCCAACAGUACCUGGAGAAAGAGGGCUUCCAUUACCCCAUGGUGGUGCCUGAACUGGAUGGACUGGGCCUUAAACUGCCCCCUCCGUCUUUCUCUGUCAGAGAUGUGGAACAUUACGUGGGUGCCAGUAAAGUUAUCGAUGUGAUCGACGUUGCGAAACAAGCAGACAGCAAGAUGAAGCUGGGAGAGUUUAUAAGAUAUUUCCACCAGCCCAAACGGCCCAAAGUGUUGAACCUUAUCAGCUUGGAGUUCUCCGAUACAAAGAUGUCUGAUUUAGUGGAGGUUCCGGAAAUAGCGCAGAAGAUGUCCUGGGUGGAGAACUACUGGCCCGAUGACUCGUUCUUCCCCAAACCAUUUGUGCAGAAGUACUGUCUCAUGGGAAUGAAGAAUAGCUACACAGACUUCCACAUCGACUUUGGAGGAACCUCAGUGUGGUACCAUGUUCUCUGGGGAGAGAAGAUUUUCUACUUGAUCAAGCCGACAAAGGCUAACCUUGCACUAUAUGAGUCGUGGAGCUCAUCACCCAAUCAGAGCGAAGUAUUCUUCGGGGAUAAAGUCGACAAGUGUUACAAAUGUGUGGUGAAGCAGGGAUCUACCGUUUUCCUUCCCACGGGUUGGAUCCAUGCAGUGCUCACCUCUCAGGACUCUAUGGCGUUUGGGGGGAACUUCUUGCAUAACUUAAACAUAGGCAUGCAGCUCAGGUGUUACGAGAUGGAACGCAGACUGAAGACUCCAGACCUCUUUAAGUUCCCGUACUUUGAGGCCAUCUGCUGGUAUGUGGCCAAAAACCUUCUGGAGACCCUUAAAGAGUUGCGGGAGGAUAAAUGUCAACCUCAGGGUUUUCUGGUGGACGGGGUGAAAGCUUUAAUCUCAUCACUGAGGACAUGGCUGAGAAGAGAGUUGACUCAACCUAACAGCGAGGUUCCAGACAAUAUCAGGCCAACCCAUCUUAUUAAAUCUCUGACCAAGGAGGUCCGGUACCUGGAGGAUGAUCCGAAUAAAUUUGGAAAGGCUCAGGGAAGUGCCGAGUGCCCUUUAACACACUCGUUGCUGGAGAGGGGUUGUCAGGCACGACGGGAGGCAUGUCGGCUACGUGAUCAUCAUCAUCGACACCAUCAUCAUCAUCACAAACUUCCCUCUAAUCUGGACAUCCUGGAGCUUCACACGAUGGAGGUGCUGAAGAGACUGGAGGUCGGACAGCUGGAGGAGGAUCCGGCUUUCACUGCCAAAGUGAAUGGCAAAUUCAAGAAAGUUUCCACAGCGUCCGCUGUGGCUGUUGAGGGUAGUUAUGAUAACGCCCUGCGUCUGGUGCUAUGUAAUGGCAAAAUUAUGCGAGAGAGGCUUUCUGUCAGUGAUGGGGCAACCAAAGUCAAUGGUGUGGAAAUGUCACAAUGCCAUCAACGUGAGGUGAAGUUGGAAAGAACGUCUUUAAAGCCACAACAAGUGGUGAAAAAAGAACAAACGGAGGAGGAUUUUAGAGUACGUUGCUAUAUCAAGGAAACAAUCAGCCAUGGUGGAACGGUGAAGACAGAACACAGGACAGAAUCGUCACAACACGUAGCAUCUUCAGGCACUGACUCUGAGUCAGACGCAGAACAUUCUGCUGAGCAGAAAGACUCAUCAGAGUCUGAGAGUUCUGAGGAUGAGGAUGGAGGACACCAGAGAGACUCGGGGAGCUUUGCGGAGCAUCUGAGCGGCCCGAAGCACGGCCACCAUAAGCAGUCUCUAAAACGAGAACGUCCUACCUCACCAAACACCGAUAACGCCAUUCAGGGCAUGCUGUCGGUGGCGGGACUGCUGUGUCGGCAAGCGUCAGAAGAGGGCGCCGUCCUGCAGCAGCCGUGGUGGUCCAGUCAGGGUAGCAGUAACAGCAACAGUAGCAGCGAUGCGUGGGACAGCAGCGAGCCCUGUUCGGCCCCCCGGAGCCCAGAGGGAGAGGACGGGAGUCUGGGAAAUGUGUACUCGUACAGGGAGAGCUCGCUUUCCCCUCCCCUCCACCCCUCCAAGAGACACGCCCCUAACCCCAACCCCAUCAGCAACCAGGCCACUAAAGGGAAACGUCCUAAGAAAGGACACGCGACGGCUAAACAGCGUCUGGGGAAGAUAUUAAAGAUGAGCCACCAUAAAGGCUUGUUCCUGUAGCGAGAGGCCAUGCGUAAUAAAUCAACAUAGCUGCUUUUCAUAAUACGCUGGGAUUUUCAUCACACAUUUACACACACACUGCGCAUGUUUAGGUCACAGGGUAUGUUUAUUAGCUCAAACUCCCUUUGUUCAUCAAUCGCAUUUAACACACAUUAUCCAUCAACGCAGGGAAAACUGAGAUUUCAUCAGGAAACGAAAACAUUAACAGCCAAACGUUACAAGAGGAAACAGCAUAGAGUUGAAGUCAAAUGUGGUUGUUGGAGUUAGUUUGUGCGACAACCACCCGCAGGUGUGUAUCACAGGCUAAAGCCCCUCUUUUUCCCCCACCCUACCUUCAAUCGCAUCUGUAGCGCGAGUGAACAAGUGCCGUGCAGGCAAGGACGACUGCCUAGACCUUUACAGCCGGACGCUGGGAGUUUUAUUAAUUCACUGUUUCUUGGUUCUUGUAAGUCAUUCACUUCUUUCUCCUUUGAUUGUCUCAGGCUGACGUAUUAGGUUUAAAGGCGGAGGUGUUGAAAUGGUGCUGAACAUUUGUAUAUCCCCCACUAAGCAAUAAUUGUAUGGCGGUGGAGUGAUGUGUUGAUUUAAUGGGCCGUGUUUUUAGGAUGCAACGUUCAUGUAUGUGUUGAAAAAACAGCAUAUGCUGGUUAGGUAGGUUUUGAAGCAAGGUAGCUGGUCAUUUGCUGGUUUAAGCUGGUCCUGAGCUGGUUUAGGACCAGCUUAACCAGCUAAGGACCAGCUACCAUGCUUCCAACCUUAACCAGCAUAUGCUGGUUUUUCAACAGGGAAACAUUAGGAGAAAAAUAUAAUUCUUAUGUAAACGUAUCUUGUUGUCUUUGACUCAACAUAUUUUCCAUCACUCUCUGGUGUUUGUGAAGGGAUAUUGCUGGUUGGAUACAAGUUACGCUCUUAUUUGUGGCAUGCUUUGACAAAAAAUAAUUUUAACUUGUUCAUAAAUUUGUCAAAACAAACCAAAAAAGGUUGACAGUAAAUAUAUAAUAAUAUACAUAUAUGCUUUGUGCAAAUGAGAAUUAGCUUUUGAUAUUAUUUGCUAUUGUUUUUACGAUUUAGGACCAUGUCACGUAUUCUCAGUCGAUCUCAACUUGUAUUGAACCCGCAAUAUUUCUUUUACGGGGUAAUGUUGCAUAUAUAUUUAGUGUCACAAAUUGAUGUCGCACAUGUGGCUGUAAAUGGUGACUGCAUUUUACAGUGCAGCCUCUGAAAUACUGUGUGAUGUAGUUUGCAAGGGCUGAACAUGUUUGCCAUGUGAUUGACAAUGAUCUAUAGCUUAUCCCGAAUAAUUUAUGUUCUCAACUUUGUUUAAAUGUUUUUUUACUGGAUAACUAUUUAUUAAUUUCAAAGAUAUAAGGAUUUAUAUUGCUUUCUGAGGGUCUUGUUUUUUCGUUGCAUUUGAUAUUUCUGUUAAUAUGAGUAUACUUUUGAAUGAUUAAUGCAAGAGGAAUGAGGUUUUACGUUUGCCAGAUUUUGUAGUUAAUACAAAUCUUAAUGUUUUUUUUUGUCAGAUUUAGCUUUAAAAAUGUGAGCAACGGUAGAUUUUAAAUAUGUCGUCUUUGUAACCUAUUGAAACGGAUCAAAAGAACUUGUGGUGCUCAUGUGGGAAUUUUGAGGAGAGGCUUUGUUUUCUCAGGGAACAACUGACAUCUUUGAAUCCAUCACCAGCACUGUCAUACAAUCGCGCAAUGUUUUGUACUUGUUUCCACAAAUCUGCCAACAAAGUAUAUAUAUUCCCAUUUUUUGUUGUGGUAAAUUCAGGACCGAGGCAAUUUGGUCCCGUUGUACAGUAUCAAAUGUCAUUGUAAGAGAGUUUGAAUAGAAUUGCACCACUGUUUUGGAAGAGGUGUGUUGGUUCAUGAAAAUGCACUAUUUUGGAUCUGCAGGACUUGUAUUGGGUAACAGAUAAUCGAUAAAACUCAGGCUUUGUGAGUUUCGGUCAUGUGCAUGUGUUUUUUAAGAAAAUAUUUCACUGUUCCCAUGAACUUUAAUGCAGAUAAGACCUCCUUUAAAAAAAGUUGCUGAAGUGUGUAUUUCUGAAGGCAAACAGCAUGUCUCAGUUCUUCAAAGAUGUUUCUUUGCAUUGAUGCAUUAAUUGUACAGUAUUUAUGAAUUUCUUGCAUUAUUUACAUUUUCAGCUGUGGUAUAGACUCGAGAGUUCAUGUCACUGCAUUUCAAAUUCUGUGUUCUGUUCCUCUUUACCAUUUCCUAGAGUUCUCUUUGGAUGUUGAUUUUUUUUUCAAUGCAAUGUAAAUAUAUGAUGAGGGGAAAUAUUUUGUAGAUCACACUGUUUUCCAUUUUCCUUUACCAGAUGUUAGGUGGUAAUAAAAACACUGUUCUAUUGAUGAAAGUCAAGUCA